GUCUCCCGGCGCGCCCCCCCGCCCUCGCCCUCGCCCGCUCCCGCCCCGUCCCGUCUGGUCCCGCAGCUCGCGUCCCCGCGCGCCGAGCUCCCGGCUGCCGUCGGGCCCCGCAUGGGGCCGUCCCUGGCCCCAGGGCCCCCGGCGUGGCCUGAGGAGGGGGUGCUGGGAGGCUCGGGCCGCACCUCCGCGGGCCCCGCGCGCCAGGAGCCAUCCUUGAUCGGCGAGCGUGAGGAGUGAGGCCCUAGUAAAGAGAUGAAUUGGUGAAGCCAGGAUGAAGCUGCUACCGGGCGUCGGAGUGUUUGGGACUGGCAGCUCUGCUCGGGUUCUGGUCCCGUUGCUGAGAGCUGAAGGCUUCACCAUUGAGGCACUGUGGGGCAAGACUGAAGAGGAGGCAAAGCAGCUUGCUGAAGAGAUGAGCAUUUCUUUCUACACCAGCCGGACAGACGAUGUAUUGCUGCACCAGGACGUGGAUCUGGUUUGCAUCAACAUCCCCCCUCCACUCACUCGACAGAUAGCUGUGAAAGCUCUAGUGGCCGAAGCCCACGCCAUGUGCGAAGGCCCCUCCAAGAUUUCUGGCCCCAUCCCCCCUGACCCCACCCUGUUCCCCAACUACUACAAGCGCCCAGGCACAGCCCGGAGCCUUGAAGGAAGUUCUCUGAAGCUAGGCCUGGAGCCUCCCUGGCAGGGUGCCCCCCUGGACCAGCCUGCCCCUCGAAUUCGACCUGCAUCCCAGCAGAGUCUGGUGGGCGUUCUCCUGCAGCUCCAGGAGAUCUCACUGGGCAGGGAGCCCUUGCCCAAGAGGAAAGACCUGAAAGACCAUGAGAAGGAGAACGUGAGGCGGAUCCGUGAGAUCCAGAAGCGAUGCCAGGAACGGGAGAGGGGACGAGACCCCAGCCGGCCAAAGCCUCUCAAGGCCCUGUGGCGAUCGCCCAAGUAUGACAAAGUAGAGUCCCAGCUGAAAGUCAAGCUGCAGGAGCCAUGCCCUACCUCUGGACCAGAGUUGCCGGCAUUCCUGCGAGCAUAUUCCCGCUGUGGACCUGGGGUGCAGCCUCGUCGUGUGGCUUCUGCAGGCCUGGCUUUGCCCAGUACUGAUGGGUCCCAGACACCAGGCCCUGAUGCCAAGGGGCAGGCUCCAGCUGUGGAUUUCAUCACCCAUAAUGCCCGUACAGCCAAAGUUGCUCGGCGGCGUUCACGCUCCCUCCAGAGUCUGGCUGCGGUACAGGAGCGGCAGCGGCGAGCCCAGGAGGAGUACAAUGCCAGGCAGAAGGGCCAGGUGCCUCACUACCUGGUGGAACGUAAAGAUGUGUGGUGCCGGGAAGCUGAAGAGCGCAGGCGGAAGCAGCCUGACCCUGACAUACCCCCAGGUCAUACCAUGAUGCCUGAGAGCCAGCGCCUGGAUACUUUGAACUCCCUUCUGCAGAGCCAACAAGAACUGCUCCGAGAGCUGGUGCUGCUGCCUUCCAGAGCAGACUCCCUUCGAGCCCAGAACCACAAGGCUGAGCUGGAGAAGAAGCUUUCCCAGGUGGAGGAGGCCCUCAAGAUCUUCUCCCGAUCCAAAGUCUUUAUCAAGAUGGAUUCCUGAGCUCUUCCCCUCUGGCCCACUGGAGACCCCUCUGCUCCUUCCAAGGAGAGCAGUGCCUUGAGGCCUCCUGGGCAGGAGCUAUCUGGCUGCUGGAAGGGAAACUAUUGGCACUUGUGGCCCUGGCCCAAGGAAACCCCCCCCCGCAACAGGGGCAGCAGAAGGAACAGGCCCAGGGAGCUAUUAAGAAUAUUUUCCUGUUUUAAAAUUAAACCUUUUUUGACGUGA